AUGAAGACAGCGCUGCUGGACACCUCUGGUAGACCAGUCAUUGUUUACUUCUCGAAGACUGAGGCUGACAGCCAGGAGGCCACACCUUCACUGCUAGACCCAGCUGACAGCCAGGAGGUCACACCUUCACUGCUACACUCAGCUGACAGCCAGGAGGCCACACCUUCACUGCUAGACCCAGCUGACAGCCAGGAGGCCACACCUUCACUGCUACACUCAGCUGACAGCCAGGAGGCCACACCUUCACUGCUACACUCAGCUGACAGCCAGGAGGCCACACCUUCACUGCUAGACCCAGCUGACAGCCAGGAGGCCACACCUUCACUGCUAGACCCAGCUGACAGCCAGGAGGCCACACCUUCACUGCUAGACCCAGCUGACAGCCAGGAGGCCACACCUUCACUGCUACACCCAGCUGACAGCCAGGAGGCCACACCUUCACUGCUACACUCAGCUGACAGCCAGGAGGCCACACCUUCACUGCUAGACCCAGCUGACAGCCAGGAGGCCACACCUUCACUGCUAGACCCAGCUGACAGCCAGGAGGCCACACCUUCACUGCUACACCCAGCUGACAGCCAGGAGGCCACACCUUCACUGCUACACUCAGCUGACAGCCAGGAGGCCACACCUUCACUGCUACACUCAGCCGACAGCCAGGAGGCCACACCUUCACUGCUACACUCAGCUGACAGCCAGGAGGCCACACCUUCACUGCUACACUCAGCCGACAGCCAGGAGGCCACACCUUCACUGCUACACUCAGCUGACAGCCAGGAGGCCACACCUUCACUGCUACACCCAGCUGACAGCCAGGAGGCCACACCUUCACUGCUACACUCAGCUGACAGCCAGGAGGCCACACCUUCACUGCUACACUCAGCUGACAGCCAGGAGGCCACACCUUCACUGCUACACUCAGCUGACAGCCAGGAGGUCACACCUUCACUGCUACACUCAGCUGACAGCCAGGAGGUCACACCUUCACUGCUACACUCGGCUGACAGCCAGGAGGCCAACCAAUAA